AUGCUGAAAGCGGCGCCGUCCUUCCUCAACUGUUUCUACCGCCUGGUGGUCUCCAUCAUGCAUGAGGGGAGACAGAAGGGCGAGGCCGAGAGAGGUAAGGCCAUCAUUUCAUGCAUUCAAUCAUUUAUUCACUCACAUUACCGUAUGAAGUGGUGGAUGGGUAAGUAUUCACCCAUUAACUCAUAACCUCAAGUGAUAGGAAUAAUAAAUAAAAAUAAAUUGGUCAUUUAGCAGACGCUCUUAUCCAGAGCGACUUACAGGAGCAAUUAGGGUUAAGUGCCUUGCUCAAGGGCACAUCGACAGAUUUUUCACCUAGUCGGCUCGGGGAUUAGAACCAGCGACCUUUCGGUUACUAGUACAACGCUCUUUUGGCAUUUACAGGAAGUGUGCUUCGAAAAAGUUAUUCAGCAGUUUCUAUUUUCCUGCUGGUUCCCAUUUAAAGAGCAACCACCCAUCGUCAUGUGUACUAAAUGUAUUUUCCAGCAUUUAAUCAUCACACUCCUUGACAUUUGACACUGCCUGUUGUUUUAGAAGUUGACAUGAUAUUUAGCCUGGGGUCCUCCCAAGGGAGUCCUCUGUAUAUACAGUGGGGAAAGAAAGUAUUUAGUCAGCCACCAAUUGUGCAAGUUCUCCCACUUAAAAAGAUGAGAGAGGCCUGUAAUUUUCAUCAUAGGUACACGUCAACUAUGACAGACAAAUUGAGAAAAACAAAUCCAGAAAAUCACAUUGUAGGAUUUUUUAUGAAUUUAUUUGCAAAUUAUGGUGGAAAAUAAGUAUUUGGUCACCUACAAACAGGCAAGAUUUCUGGCUCUCACAGACCUGUAACUUCUUCUUUAAGAGGCUCCUCUGUCCUCCACUCGUUACCUGUAUUAAUGGCACCUGUUUGAACUUGUUAUCAGUAUAAAAGACACCUGUCCACAACCUCAAACAGUCACACUCCAAACUCCACUAUGGCCAAGACCAAAGAGCUGUCAAAGGACACCAGAAACAAAAUUGUAGACCUGCACCAGGCUGGGAAGACUGAAUCUGCAAUAGGUAAGCAGCUUGGUUUGAAGAAAUCAACUGUGGGAGCAAUUAUUAGGAAAUGGAAGACAUACAAGACCACUGAUAAUCUCCCUCGAUCUGGGGCUCCACGCAAGAUCUCACCCCGUGGAGUCAAAAUGAACACAAGAACGGUGAGAAAAAUUCCAGAACCACACGGGGGGACCUAGUGAAUGACCUACAGAGAGCUGGGACCAAAGUAACAAAGCCUACCAUCAGUAACACACUAUGCCGCCAGGGACUCAAAUCCUGCAGUGCCAGACGUGUCCCCCUGCUUAAGCCAGUACAUGUCCAGGCCCAUCUGAAGUUUGCUAGAGUGCAUUUGGAUGAUCCAGAAGAGGAUUGGGAGAAUGUCAUAUGGUCAGAUGAAACCAAAAUAUAACUUUUUGGUACAAACUCAACUCGUCGUGUUUGGAGGACAAAGAAUGCUGAGUUGCAUCCAAAGAACACUAUACCUACUGUGAAGCAUGGGGGUGGAAACGUCAUGCUUUGGGGCUGUUUUUCUGCAAAGGGACCAGGACGACUGAUCCGUGUAAAGGAAAGAAUGAAUGGGGCCAUGUAUCGUGAGAUUUUGAGUGAAAACCUCCUUCCAUCAGCAAGGGCAUUGAAGAUGAAACGUGGCUGGGUCUUUCAGCAUGACAAUGAUCCCAAACACACCGCCCGGGCAACGAAGGAGUGGCUUCGUAAGAAGCAUUUCAAGGUCCUGGAGUGGCCUAGCCAGUCUCCAGAUCUCAACCCCAUAGAAAAUCUUUGGAGGGAGUUGAAAGUCUGUGUUCCCCAGCGACAGCCCCAAAACAUCACUGCUCUAGAGGAGAUCUGCAUGGAGGAAUGGGCCAAAAUACCAGCAACAGUGUGUGAAAACCUUGUGAAAACGUUUGACCUGUGUCAUUGCCAACAAAGGGUAUAUAACAAAGUAUUGAGAAACUUUUGUUAUUGACCAAAUACUUAUUUUCCACCAUAAUUUGCAAAUAAAUUCAUUAAAAGUCCUACAAUGUGAUUUUCUGGAUUUUUUUUUCUCAUUUUGUCUGUCAUAGUUGACGUGUACCUAUGAUGAAAAUUACAGGCCUCUCUCAUCUUUUUAAGUGGGAGAACUUGCACAAUUGGUGGCUGACUAAAUACAUUUUUCCCCCACUGUAUGUGCUGUCAGUGUCAAACGACUCCAGCAUGCUGUCACCAGGCUAACCAGUCCUGUUAAUCGGGCAAGAGUAUUUCAGGGCAUUGAAGUAUGUUAUAGGUGAGUCGUAUCAUGUUAUACUAUGUAAAAGGUGGUCGUGCCCGCUCCACAUUCCCAAGGAGACUCCACAUGAAACUGGGCCUAUUUUAAUCAAUGGAGCUCACCCAGUGGAAAGAGAGAAAGAAGAAGAAUGCUUUCUCCUUCAGUAAUGUUACAUUUCUGUUGCUGGUUGUAUGCCCUGCUGUCCCUGUGGACUGGAUCAAAAACAACAUGAGGGAAAUCAAAAAUUCCCAUUGAGGAUGACAGAACUUUCGAAGGAGACAUGAAAAGCACAGUGCACAGCUGGAGUCCCAGCCAAGCUCGUGGAUGGACACCUUUUAAAAUCAUGUACUGCUAAAUGCAUCCCUCAUGAGUUGAAUCAGUGUUGAGGAGCUGUAUUCAGCUAUGUGAUCAGCAUAUUCAGUGAUACAUUAUGUUUUCCUGUUUAUAAAAGGAACAACAUAAGACUGCCUUUGUGUUCUCUAAUGGGCUAAACUGUUUGUUUUAUGCAGACUGUGAGCAUAAACAUUAGUCUAUACACAAUUAGAAUGGUUAAAUGGCUUUUGUUGCUUCAUAUUCUGCUCUUAGCUAUCAUGAUGGAAGUCUCAGCUUAUACAAAACCCUAUUCUUAUUGUACUGCUCUGUCACAAUGCAUUCACAAUAUAUUCAUUCUCAGCCGCACCCUUGGGAUUUGAUUCAAAUGCUGUGCUUUCAUCAGCAAUAACCAGCCCACGUCUGUUUCAGUGCACUCUGAACAGUGCACUCUGAACACACACUGUGUUGCAUCACUCAAAAGUCACAAUUUUUUGAAGUUGUCCCACUUCUGGAGUUCUGGCUGAAAUAAAUGUUUAGCCCUCAGCGUUUGGCAUGGUCUAGUUUUCAAAAAGCUUUCCUCUUCUAUUCCCCAGCCCCUGAGACCGAUGCGGAGGUGCUUUUGAAGUGUGCUCGUCUAGUGGAACGCAUGUACUCCCACAUCGCCACCACAGCCGAGGGCUUCACUAUCCUCUCCUCCUUCAUGGUAGCACAGUACGUCAGCGAGCUACAGAAGGUAAGAACUCUGUUUUUUUCUCAUCAUCAAGGAAGAUGGCCGCGACUUUCGCUCACAGUUUUAAAAGGCGAUUAGGCUAUUUUAUUAUUCUUUUGCAGGUUGAAAACAUAAUGUUUCACUUAAAUGGCCUCCAAAUCUCCCUUCUCUCCUUUCUCAUCCCUCACAAGCCCUUACAUCUGAAGGAAAUUCCCUAUCUGCAAAUUGAAUACCAGGAUUUUAAUUUGAUCCAUUGCUGUUUGUUAUUGUGGAGUUACACCAUGCUUGGUAUUGCAUUUAGAGCUGCUAAGGCAAGUCCUCUGGACUUCUCAGAUUUGAAGGAAAGAGAAGUCAACAUUUCAUUUCCGCCAUAAUCUUGUGUCCCUCCCUGCGCCAACUUGUCCUCUAAAGGACUGUACUUACUGUAGACUCUUUUUCUGUCUGUCUCAUUAUGUGAUGCCGCCUGAGCAUAUCUGGUACUGUCUCAAACCCACAUUUGUUCCUAGGGUCUACGAGACUGCAUUCACGUUAAAUGACUCAUGUGUCAGCAUUUUCCAUGGAACAGGCAGAGAAAGGGAAGAAAAUGUAUGCCCUCACUACUGUAAGUCGCUCUGGAUAAGAGCGUCUGCUAAAUGACUAACAUGUCAUUUAGCAAACUCUAAGAUGCAUGAGGAUUGAUUUGUAAUGUAAGAGUCCAUGGGAAACUCUUUUAGUAAGGAUUAAACAAAGGAUUGGUUAAAGCAAUAGUUCAACACUACCAUGGUUCUUUCCAGGUAAACUAAGCCAAGAAACACACCUCAGUAUGUGCCUUGGCAUCUCUCUGAGAGGUUUUGUUGAGGCACUGUCUAGUUUCCAGCUGGCAGUACAUUAUGUUCCUACCAGGCUUUCAGAACUGCCGCAGCUGCGUUCACAAAUAAAGGUGUAAGAAAGAGGCAAAACACUGAUCAGCCAUCUCACUCCUCACACCAACAAUAUGACGUUUCUGAGUCCAUUUUAAUACCCCUUGCCCAGCCUCACUCUCAGUCAAAUUGAAACCCUCGCCUCCCUUCUUCUCCUUUCCACGCCCUCAAGGUUACUCUACAACCAGACAUCAAGACACACCUGACAGAGGGAGUUUACAGGAUCCUGGACCUCUGUGUUGAGCAGGACGUGAAGUUUUUGAACACCACCCUCCAGAUGGGUGUCAGAGAGGUGUUCAACGAGCUCCAUGGCAGUUAUACUCAUUACCAUAAAACCCAGCGGCAAGGAGAGGAGAAAUACACUGCCUGA